GGCGCGGCGGGAUCGACGGCGCGAGCUGACCGCGCGGUGGGGCGCGGGGAGCAGCGGCGGCCGAGCCGGAGCAACAUGGCGCCGGCGGGCGGGGGCGGGCGCCCGGGCGGCGGGCUGGCCCGAGGGCGCUUCCACCUGGUGGUGCUGGUGCUGCCAGUGCUGCUGUGGGCGCGGGGGGCCCGGGGCCAGGGAGACCCGCAGCGGAGCGCGAUCCUUGGCAUGCGGCUGUCGAGCUGCAACAAAUCGUGUGGGAUGAACCCGGAUGGCAUCAUCUUUGUGUCGGAGGGUAGCACAGUGAACUUGAGGCUGUACGGCCAUAGGCUGGGCUCCAUCUCCAGCAACCUGAUCUCCUUCACCGAGGUGGACAAUUCCGAGGCCCUCCACAACUCCACCCACUGCCCCGAACUUACCAAGGACCUGGUCGUCCAGCAGCUGGUCAACGUGAGCCGCGGGAACACAUCCGGGAUGCUGGUGGUGCUCACCAAGUUCCUCCGAAGGAGCGAGAAUAUGAAGCUGUACGCGCUGUGCACCAGGGCUGGCGUGGACGGGCCCUGGCAGAGGUGGACCGAUAAGGACUCACUGCUCUACAUGGUGGAGGAGGAGGGCAGGUUUCUGCCCCUCUGGCUGCACAUACUUCUCGUUUUGGUGCUGUUAGUGCUGUCGGGCAUCUUCUCUGGCCUCAACCUGGGGCUGAUGGCCCUGGACCCCAUGGAACUGCGCAUUGUCCAGAACUGUGGUACCGAAAAGGAGAGGCGCUAUGCUCGCAAGAUCGAGCCCAUCCGGCGCAAGGGCAACUAUCUGCUGUGCUCGCUGCUCCUGGGAAACGUGCUGGUCAACACCUCCCUCACCAUCCUUCUGGACAACCUCAUCGGAUCCGGACUCAUGGCCGUGGCCUCCUCCACCAUUGGCAUUGUCAUCUUUGGGGAGAUCGUACCUCAGGCCUUGUGCUCCCGACACGGGCUGGCUGUGGGUGCCAACACAAUCAUUCUUACCAAAUUCUUUAUGCUACUCACCUUCCCCAUCAGCUUUCCCAUCAGCAAGCUCCUGGACUUUUUUCUGGGCCAGGAGAUUCGCACAGUUUACAAUCGGGAGAAGCUGAUGGAGAUGUUGAAGGUGACAGAGCCUUAUAACGACCUCGUGAAAGAGGAACUAAAUAUGAUCCAGGGUGCCUUGGAACUACGGACCAAAACCGUGGAGGACAUCAUGACUCAGCUCCACGACUGCUUCAUGAUCCGCAGCGAUGCCAUUCUGGACUUCAACACAAUGUCCGAGAUUAUGGAGAGUGGCUAUACCCGCAUCCCUGUGUUUGAAGAUGAGCAGUCUAAUAUCGUAGAUAUACUCUAUGUCAAAGACUUGGCCUUUGUGGACCCGGAUGAUUGCACCCCCCUCAAGACCAUCACCCGCUUCUACAACCACCCUGUGCACUUUGUCUUUCAUGACACCAAGCUGGAUGCCAUGCUGGAGGAGUUCAAGAAAGGGAAGUCCCACCUGGCCAUUGUGCAGAAGGUGAACAACGAGGGUGAAGGUGACCCCUUCUAUGAGGUUCUGGGCCUGGUCACCCUGGAGGACGUCAUUGAGGAGAUCAUCAAGUCUGAGAUCCUGGACGAGUCGGAUAUGUACACUGACAACCGAAGCCGGAAACGGGUGUCUGAAAAGAACAAACGGGACUUCUCAGCCUUCAAGGAUGCUGACAACGAACUCAAGGUGAAAAUUUCACCUCAGCUACUCCUAGCUGCUCACCGCUUUCUGUCCACAGAGGUCCCCCAGUUCUGCCCUUCCCUGAUAUCAGAGAAGAUCCUGCUUCGGCUGCUCAAGUACCCAGAUGUCAUUCAGGAACUCAAGUUUGAUGAGCACAACAAAUACUAUGUCCGCCACUAUCUGUACACCCGGAACAAGCCAGCUGACUACUUUAUCCUCAUCCUGCAGGGGAAAGUGGAGGUGGAGGCUGGGAAGGAGAACAUGAAGUUUGAGACGGGUGCCUUCUCCUACUAUGGGACCAUGGCCCUGUCCUCAGGCCCCCCUGUACCUUCAACCCAGGUCGGGUGUCCGCCUGGCAAGCGGAACUCCCUACUCUCCCGGCUCUCAGACCGCUCCCCAUCGCACCCCAUGCCCCUGAGCCGCUCAGCCUCCCUCAGUUACCCGGACCGCACAGACCUCUCAACCACAGCCCCCUUGACAGGCAGCAGCAACCAGUUUGGCAGCUCUGUCCUGGGCCAGUACGUCUCUGACUUCAGUGUCCGGGCGCUCAUGGACCUGCAGUACAUUAAGAUCACCCGGCAGCAGUACCAGAACGGGCUGCUGGCCUCACGGAUGGACAACUCCCCUCAGUUUCCUUUGGAUGGGUGCACCAUCUGCACGGAGAACUUGGUGGACAAGCCUGAGCUGCCUGUGGUGGACGAGACCACGACUCUCCUCAAUGAGCGCAAUGCCACGCUGCACAAAGCUGGUCCUGAGAGCACCAUCUGACAGGAGGGCCCGGGGCCCCCCGUCAGCUCCGCGGGGGCCGCCCCAGUGGGCCCACCCGAAGAGAGGGAGCCUGUCAGGCCAGACAGGGUGCAGAGAGCCUGUCUUACUGAGCAGCCAGGUGGCCCCCAGCCUGUGAGGAGGCUGGCCUCUGACAGGGACCUAUGAACAGCUCUGAAGUAGUGGCUGCCCAGCCCUGGACUGUGGCAUGGAGCAGCCACCACAGGAAAGGCUGUGUUUUUACUGGAAACUUUCUAAAUUAGGCUUAUUGCUCCUCUUUUUAAAUAUCAUUUGGGGAAGGGAAUACAGAAGGGAAGACAGGGUUAAGGAACUUUAUUUAAAAAAUUGUUUUCCACAAAAACUUUGAAAGUGUUUUUCACUCCGGGAAGCAAAAGCCAUUAUCUCUCCCCGCUGCAACCUUCUGGCUAUGUCCCUGACUCAGGGAGCCCACUCUUCCACCUCCUUGCCUUCCAAAGACGUCGGGGUCCCAGAGGCCCUGUUCUUCCCAGGAAGGAAAGAACCAAAUAGCAUUGAGGACAUGUGCACAGAGGCUAGUCUGAUGUCACUGAGGCUGGGGGAUUCUGAGGAGCUGUGAUCAAGGACUGAUAACUCCCAGCUACAGCAGAGGAGCCCUGCUCUUGUCACUUGCUGGGUCCAGGACUUUCUGAGAACCCUGCUGAUAAGCUCUCCUGGUGAGUUGAGGCCAUUUUCACCACUGUCUCCAUUGGUUUGCCUCCUAUCUGCCCCUUUGGACAACUGUCCCCUUAUGAUGGGGCUGACGUGAUGGGUUAGGCAGGGUCCCCUACCUUUCAGUUUGCUCACCCCUGCUCCCCAGGCUGCCCUCACUUUUACCAAAGUCUUCCCCCUGGGUUGGGACAGCAUCUACACUAGAGGUGACUUGUCCGUAAUACUCCUUCAGGUUCUAAGAGGGAAUCUCGUGGGCAUCUGUGUUAGCAAGUAAUACCAUCCCCUUCCCACCCCACAACCAAAGACCAGUCUGAACCCUGAACUCUGCUUUCCAGAUUCCCUACUUCUAGUCCAAACCCAAGGUCUCUUGGAGAUUGAGAACAGAACAUGUAGGAAGCCAACCUAAAUGAGUUCUUCAUGCCCAUGCCAUUUCCCUUAUAGAUGAGGCUUACCUGUCCUCUUUAUACACUUUCAGGACCCAGGAAAAGUUUCCACCUUAAAGGCACACAACUGGCAGCCACGUUUCCCCCAUGUCUGUAAUCCUAGUGUGAGAUGUCAUCACGGCCUGUGCUGAAGCUGGUGGUACAGAGCUCUGCACCCACAGGAAAUCCUGCCCCAGCACCUUUUCCCUGGGACUGAAUCAGGCCCUGCUGCAUAGCUCCAGGCUGCCCACUGAUGGGGGAGACUGCGGGACUAAGGUCCACGUUGGCCCUUCUGUCAGACAAAACAGUUGCUGGGGCCCAACAUCAGGCAAGGCAGACUGUAGGCCUUCUACCUGAGUACUGUCCUUUCCUCAGCCAGUGAGUUCUGUCACCCAAGUGCUCUCCUGUUCAGGUACCUGGAGAAUCCUGUCUCGGGACCAGGAAAUGUCUAGCACCAAGUAUGCCUGCCCCUGGCCACUCACAGAAUUUAUUCCUAAAAGUCUGAGAGAAGGUGAUGACACCUAUGGGUUCUCAGCCAGAAGGAAAAAAGACACUGGACGUUUGUUCCCUGUGGGGGAAACCCCUUAGUUUUCUACAGGAACAGCUUGCUGAUCCACAUGGAGGCUUGCAAAGCUGUGUUCUUGAGACCUGAGUGCCAGGUGGGGCCAAGCACAUUGGCCUGAACCAAGUUAGUGUGUGUAAAGUAAAAGCAGGUGCACAUUCUUCCACAGCUACCUCUUUGCACACAUAUUUACUAUCAACAGAUGGUCCUUCUUCCUCCACCCACUCCCCUUCCCCUUUUAUAAUCACUUCUUGCAUAGGGUCAUAAUUAUUUCCAAAUAUUCCUGGUCCGAUGACUUCCUCUUCCCAGUGCAAUUUUUCACUUCCUAUUCCAACCUCUGGUUCCUGAGCUGAGUUCUACCCUGGAAUUGGCCCAUCCCUACACAUCUUCCUUUGUAAGGGAGAUUUUUGCAGGUGGCCACCAAAUGGGUAGGCAAGUCACAGCCACCAUAGCAAGUAACUCAUAUUUAUUUUGCAUAAGAUUUUAAUUUGUAUAUUUUUGUGAUUUAUUUUGGCAUUGUUAUGAGUUUGACUCUCGGGGAGUUUUGUUGUUAUGACUCGUGUCUUUUGUCACAAAACAAUGAUAUUUGCUAAACAAUAUAUGGAAUUUAUUUUUGACUGGUAAUAAAAAAUGAAAUAAGAAA